AUUAGGUUCACAUCAACCCGAGAUCAGUUGUCAACAAGAGAUUAGUAUAAAUAAGCCAACGUUUCAAGUAGCACAUCCACAAUGCAGAAUAACUUAUCAGAAUGAAAACAGCAGCAGUAAAAAUAGUAUGUUUCUACAUACUCUCAGAGUGCUUCACUAUUAUCCAAGGUUCCCCUGUUGGAACAGUCAAGUCCAACAACACAGAGGUGUCUCCCAACAUCCCCUACAUACAAAUACUCCGUGGUAGAGAUGGUAGAGACGGCCCUCAGGGCACGCCAGGAGCUCCAGGUAUAGACGGCGGGGACGGGAGGGAGGGGGAGAAAGGUUCAAGAGGAACCAAGGGGGAACAAGGAUUCCCUGGCCCAGCCAGCGGAGGGGUUACUUACAUAAGAUGGGGGAAGAAAUCUUGUCCUUCUGUGCCCGGGACAGCGCUGUUAUAUCAUGGAAUGGCGGCUGGAAGUUGGUUUUCAAAUACUGGGGGUGGAGCAAACUAUUUGUGUAUGCCACAUAACCCUCAAUAUGGCAACUAUCUAGCUGGUGUGCAAGGCUCGAGCCCUCUCUAUGGAACGGAAUAUCAACUCCACAGUGGUGGGCCUAUAUCUUCAUCUGCUCAAGAUCACAAUGUCCCUUGUGCCGUUUGCUAUGUUUCCACGAGAGUAUCAUCACUAAUGCUACCAGCUCGAAUGGAGUGCCCAACAACUUGGACCCUUGAAUACAAUGGAUAUCUGAUGUCAGCUUAUCAUACUAGCACCCACUAUCGCACCAUGUUCGAAUGUGUCGACCAAUCCCCUGACAGAGUACCAGGGAGCGCAGUAAGCACCGAUGGUGCACUGUUCUAUCAUGUGGAGGCUACCUGUACUGGCCUACCAUGUGGACCCUAUGACCCACAAAAAGAACUGACAUGUACUGUGUGUACCAAGUAGAUUGUAUUAUGUGCAAGACUCUAUAAGUACAGAAGAGACUCUUAGAAGUGCCGAUGUGAUAAUUAAACAUGUACAUCAAAGUGCAAAUGA